AUGAUGAUCGGCAAGAUUUUUGGUAGCAAGAAAUCAUCUCAAGCAGUGGAUGAUGAAUUGUCUCAGCUCGAGGAAUCCACACCACCACCAUCAUCAUCAUCGAGCAACAACAAGAACAACAACUCCACCACUCCUGGAUUGACAAACAAUCAUCAAACAACUUUGAGUGAUGAUCGAGAAAGCUCAUCAGUUGUGGAUCUAGAUCCAGGAAGCAAAUCAUCCAUCAUCGCCUCUUCGAACCCAGUCGUUGAACUACCUGAGAGUCUCCAUCACCUUCCAAUCGAUCAAUUCAUUUCCGUUCAUUUGGAAAAGUUCAGUGAUAAAGCAUCUACAUUACUCCCAUUGGUUAAACAUGAUGUGAAAAUUCAUGUUACUUAUCCUCUGGUUCAAGUCGUUUCUACAAUGACCUUUAGAAAUUCCAACCACAAGACAACAGAAGGUGAAUUACUUUUACCAAUGCCUGAAGGUGCUACUUUGAUCGGAUAUGCCAUGGAAGUGCAAGGAACACUCAUUCAUGCAGUUCCAGUUGAAAAAGAAAAAGCGAAACAAGUAUUUGAGGAAGAAGUGAGAUCAGGUGGUAAAGUUUCAAUGAUUGAAAAGGUCGAACAAUCCAAUUGUUUUAAAACAAGAGUAUAUCCAUUGCCUUACAAUACAGACAAAACCAUUCAAGUGACCUAUCAAAUGAUGCUUCAAGAAAGAGCUCAUUCGCAUGAUGAAAAAGUUUCAGAGAAAGGACUUUUCAAGGGCAGUGCGUGGGUUCCACUUUGUUAUUUUGAUUUUGCUUCAUUGAGACCAGAAAGCAAAAUUGAAUUCACUCUCAAUGAAACAUCCUUGCAAGGUUAUGAUACUGAAGUAUCUAUGGAAACUUGUACUUCAGAGAGAGAUCAUUGCACUGAAUUAUUAUGGUCCAGUAAGAAGGAAACAAAUAAGAGAGCUGGAUCUUUCACAUUGUUCAAGAAAGAUUUAAAAGAAAAUAUGCUUGGAUUCAACUUGACUGUCACCAAACAAUCAGAAAGUAUUAAUGACAUUUUACUUGCUGUUGAGAAUGGAUACUUUAUGACUUCAAUUCCAGUUCCAAACUUGACCACAGAAUUGAGAAAGAAAGCUCGAGUGGGUGACAAGAUUCAAGUAUUGUGGGAUUGUUCCAUGAGCCAAGCACUUCAUCAUGCAAAGAAUGUGAAAAUUCUUGAAGCUAUUGUAGAGAAUGUUGAAAUACAAUCAGUGGUAUUGUCUCUCUUUAGCAAUUCCAUUGUAGAUACCAUCGAGUUCAAAUCUGCAAAGGAGCUUGUACACCAAUCUAUUUCAUUAACACUGCCUCUGUUGUCAAUGUCCUCAUUGUUGAAACAUAUUGCUACCAAGAGUGGAGGUAUUUACUUGAACGCCAAUGAAAUUUCACUUCAAGAAUUACUAAAUGCAGUUGGAAAACCAGUGUUAUCUUUUGCAGUGGCUGACUAUGAAGAGAACGAGUUGGAAGAAGUUUAUCCUAAUGAACCAGUCAGUCUCAAAGAAGGAGAGUUAUUCAAAUUAUUCGGCAAAUUCAACACGAAAUGCAACAAACAAUCAGUGAAAAUGGCAGUUUCAUUCCGAUACGGUCGCUCUGUAUUCAAAGUUCAAGAAUUAGAAUUACCAGUCGAUGUAAAAAGCCAACAAGAAGCAGCAAUUGUUCCAUUGUUAUGGGCUCAACAAAAGAUGGACUCACUCUCAGCCUUUCCUCAUCUAUUUAAUGAUGAAAUCCGUAAGAUUGGACAAGAUUUUAGAAUUGUGACUGAUAAUACGUCACUUCUUGUAUUGGAGACUCUCGAUCAAUAUCUCAAACACAACAUUACUCCACCAGAGACUCUCACUGAUGUGUACAAACAAUUCCAAGAAUUGAAAAAAAAGCAACAAGCUGAUGAAAAGAAGAGAGAACAAGAUAAACUCGAGAGUGUCAUUUCCAAAUGGAAACAACGCGUUGCAUGGCACAAGACUGAUUUCAACGUCUCCAAAGAGCGUGAAUUAUCAUCAACGAAGAAAUCUUUAUCACAUGCCAUGGAGGAAUGUUGUCGUCCAAGCUGUGUCGCUAGCAGAUCUUGUCUUCGCAGAGAAUGUGAAGAACGAUGCUGUUGUCGCAUGUCUGAGAUGAAUUGUAUCGAGAAUUCACUCUUGGAAUGCGAUGAGAAAAGAGACAAUGACACCACUUCAGAAGGUUCAUCUUCUGUUUCUGGAUCGAUCAAAAUUAAGCCAUGGACACCUGACUCUGCAUACUGCGCUGCUAUUGCUGAUGCCAAAGAUCCUUACAAGGAAUAUUUGAAACAAAGAGAAAGUCUCAAAGAUUCUCCUGCCUUCUAUCUCGAUGUAGCAGAUUUAUUCUUAUCCAAGUUAAAGAAUAAGGAAUUGGGUGUAAGAAUUUUAUCGAACAUUGCUGAAUUGGAAUUAGAAAAUACUCAAUUGUAUCGUAUUGUUGGAUAUCGUUUGGAUCAAGCGGAUGAAUUGGAAUUGGCUGAAUGGGUCUUUGAGAAAGUGAAAAAGUUAUCACCUGGUGAACCACAAUCCUAUCGAGAUCUCGCCCUAGUGAAGGAAAGAAUGAGUAAAUAUCAACAAGCGAUGGAACUCUUCAAUAAGGUGAUUACAGGAAAAUGGGACUCGAGGUUUGAUGAAAUUGAAUUAACUGUUGCAACUGAAAUGAACCACUUGUUGUUAAAUGAUAAGAAUUUACCAAUCAUUGACAAGAGAUUAAUUCAUCAUUUCGAUUUAGAUAUUCGAAUUUCAAUGGCUUGGGAUACAGAUCAGGUGGACAUUGAUUUACAUGUUCAUGAACCAUCUCCUCAUGGAGAACAUGCUUAUUAUGCUCACAAUAGGACUCGAAUGGGUGGUUAUGUUUCGAGAGACUUUCGUCAAGGUUAUGGACCAGAAGAAUACAUGUUGAAAAAAGCUCAAAAAGGAAUUUACAAAGCCACCACCAAUUACUUUGCAAAUCAUACACAAAAUUUAACAGGUGGAACGACUGUGUUGUGUACUUUCUUUACCAAUUACAUGAGAAAGGAUGAAAAGAGAAUGCAAUCCACCAUUCGUCUCUCUACCAACAAACAAGACAUUGUCGUGUGUGAAAUUGAAAUUGCAUAA